CACCUACUCUCCUCUCUACCCAAGAACAACCUCAACAACCAACACCAUGUGUGGCUACUACGGAAACUACUAUGGCGGCAGAGGCUAUGGCUGCUGUGGCUAUGGAGGCCUGGGCUAUGGCUAUGGAGGCCUGGGCUGUGGCUAUGGCUCCUACUAUGGCUGUGGCUACCGUGGACUGGGCUGUGGCUAUGGCUAUGGCUGUGGCUAUGGCUCACGCUCUCUCUAUGGCUGUGGCUAUGGAUGUGGCUCUGGCUAUGGAUCUGGAUUUGGCUACUACUAAAGAGACCAUAAGAGACUUUCAUCUUCUCCAACUGUGACUUUAAGACUCACCAAUUCUGAACCCCAAAACACUGAGCCUCUUCUCUGAAGAUGAUGCUGCCAAGAAGUUUUUAGUAUCCACUGUGAUUUGCAUCGAGGCCACAUGCUCCAUGAAUAUCCCUCAUAAAGAGAGGGAAUGAAGUUGACUUGACUCCUGUCACUUCCAUAGUUCUCAGAAUAAUAUCAUCAUAGCAUUGACCUUGAUGACUGUCAUUCUUUUCCUCAUUUAUUGAGUCUCUAAUAAACAUC